GGUUUGGCGGUUAAAGUUUUGGCAACUUUAACAUGAAGUUGGCUGCGCGCAAAUUGCCGCUCAUUUUCAGUCUAUCGAUAAUAUGUGAAAAAAAUUGUUUUUGGGAGUGCUUGAGCGUGGAAAUGUCAAAGCAAAUAUUUGAAAAACAACAACUUUAAAAAAUUCGCCGUUAUUCGACAUGGUCUAUCGAUACAUCGCCAUCAUUCGCAAAAGAAACAUCGUAACAUCGAAGUGGACAAAGAUCGAUAUUUCCGCAGCACUAGCUGACAGCCAAAUGGACUGCGACAAAGAGAGCAGAAGCAGCAGCAGCAUGGAAAUAGAUGCAGCCGCUAAUGUCCACACAGAUACAGACGCUCCAAUGGGCAACACAUGCGGCAGCGACAGCGAAACGGAGCCCCAGUGGCACUGGCGCUGUCAGCCGAUUGAGGCCGUUCAUCGGGGAUUGCAUCCCUUCGAACUGGACCACUUGAGUGCUGUGCAGCCGAGCGGCAAUCAUAAGGUGCUCCAUCGGCAUCCCAUACGCGAUCCAGCAAAUGUGCCACCGCGCUCGCUACGCGCCACCCAUCGCUGGGAUGCGGAGCAUGUGCGUCUGCCAUGUGCGCCAGAGAGCAAAUAUCCCGUAGAAACCGACGAUGGCACCUCGGAGAUCGAGUCACGCUGGGGCAUGAUCGAGCGGGCCCUGCUCCGACCGAUCAGCAAUAGCAAACAGUUGCAGGCGGCGAUCCUUUCGUACAAUACGACAUACAAGGGCCAGUGGAGCUUUCGGGCGCUGCACAAGCUCUUCAACGAGGACCUGGACGAGAGCGAGUCGCGUUGCUUUUUCGAGGAUCUGCUGCCGAGAAUCAGUCGACUCGCCCUGCGUCUCCCGGAGCUGAUCAGGGCGCCCAUACCGCUGCUUAAACAGAAUCAGACAACUGCCCUAACACUGACCCAGGAGCAAAUCUCCUGCCUGCUGGCCAAUGCAUUCCUCUGCACAUAUCCGCGUCGCAAUACGCUCAAACGCAAAUCGGAGUACAGCAAUUUUCCGGACAUCAAUUUCAAUAGGCUGUAUCAGUCGAGUGGUGCGUCUGUGCUGGAGAAGCUGAAGUGCAUUUUCCAUUACUUUCGUCGCGUCUGUCCAACGGAGCGCGAUGCGAGCAAUGUGCCCACGGGCUGCCUAACAUUUGUGCGGCUCAGCGGCAAGCCGGAGGAUGAGGUUAAUUGGUAUUUGAGCGGUGCACCCCUCUCGAGCAUUCCGAUGCACAUAAAUGCCGGUGGCACCAUCGAGGACGAGGGCAUCGGCCUGCUGCAGGUGGACUUUGCCAAUAAGUUUCUCGGCGGUGGCGUUCUCGGACAGGGCUGUGUGCAGGAGGAGAUACGUUUCGUUAUCUGUCCGGAGCUGUUGAUAUCGAAACUGUUCACAGAGUGCCUGCUGCCAACGGAGGCGCUGCUGAUGGUGGGCAGCGAACGUUUUAGCAACUACACCGGCUAUGCGGGCAGCUUUGCUUGGGCGGGCAAUCAUGAGGAUCGGACGCCAUAUGAUAGCUCGAGACGCCGUCACACUGCCAUUGUGGCCAUUGAUGCACUCAGCUUUGGCCAGGCACUGCAAUCGCAUCAGUAUCGCGAGGAUCUCAUUUUGCGUGAACUGAACAAGGCAUCCAUUGGCUUCAGGCAUGCAUUGGUCACACCGGCGCCGGGUGUCGCCACCGGCAACUGGGGCUGUGGCGCAUUUGGCGGUGAUCCGCACCUCAAAGCGCUCAUCCAGAUGAUGGUCUGUGCGCACCAUUGCCGUCCCCUGGCCUAUUACACAUUUGGCAAUCGCCAUCUGCGCGACGAUCUGCACGUGCUCUGGCAGCUGUUCCGGACGCAUGGCACCACCGUCCGUCAACUGUACGGUGUAGUGCGUCGCUACAAGAAAGACGGUGAGGGCCAGUCACUCUACGCCUUUGUGCUGGAUGAGCUGAAGAAGCUGCACAAGCACAAGAAAGCAGCCAAAGAACCAACAGCAAUAUCAACACCAACGCCAGCUGCAACAACAACAACAACGACAACAGAUGCAACUGCAACAGCAACUGCAACAACUGCAAGGACACAACAGAGCCCAGAUCUAUUUGCAGACAUCUCAGAUUGUUCGCCAACCAAUGGCGAUGGUCUGUUUUUCGAUAAUGAUGUCGAUGACGAUGACGAUGGCGAUGAUGAUAAUGAUGUUGAUGCCGAACAGGAGCAGGCGAAUGCCAUGAUGUUGGCGGCCAGCUUGGAAAGUGGCGGCAGCAGUAGCAGCAGCAGCAGCAACAACUCCACCAACAACACCACCACCAACACCAACACCACCACCUCAACCACUACCACCACCAACACGACCACAAUCAGUAACAGCAAUGCUGAAAACACCGUUGCAGCUGGAGCUGCUGCAAGCAGCAAGCGUCAGUUGACGCUGCUGGAGAUGCUGGAUCAGCACUAUGAUCAGGGACAGGCGAAUGGCUCCAAGCGGCAGCAUCAGUCGUCCAGUGGGACAGACAAGUGCGGCAAGGCGCGCAAGGAUUGCAAGGAUGGCGAUGCGAGCAAUAGCCGCAAUUAGUCAAUAUAUUUAUAUAUAUAUAUAUAUAGUUAUACAUGUAGUUAUAUCUAUAGCUAAGCCAUAUUUAUAUAGAUUAUAAUCUUGCUGUUGCACUCUGUUGCCAUCUCUUUCGCUGCUGUACGAUUGCAAAUUGCUUCGGUCGGUUUGGUGUCGCCACAAAUAGUGCAGCUAUUUAUUAAUAUAUAUAUAUAUAUAUAUAUCUAUUUAACUUUUAUCUAACAUUACAUAUAUAUAUAUAUAUGUAUAUAUAAUCGUAGUUAUUUAUGUAGGUUGUGUUUAAGAGUAGGAUUACAUGUACCAUGUACGUCUUAUGCAUGUCGGACACAGUUCUAAUUGAAACAGAUAACAUUACUUAUAAAAGGAGAGCUGUGCAAGUUGCAUUGUUCACUAGCUUCAGCUAGCAAAAGCGAUUGUAGACUAUAAUCAAAGAAAGUUAUAACAAUUUGUAUGUUUGCCAGAGCACAAGCAGAUCUUGAAUGUUAAUAUCUAUGACAAGAAAAAAACAACAGCAACAACAAUAUAUAAUUAGCUAGCUCUUAGAGUUACACACACACACACACACACACAUUUGGUCAUUAGAUAUUGAGUUUAGCACAACUAUAAUCCAAAUAUAAUAUCUAAUGUAGACUUCAAUCACAAUCUCAUUUUAUUUGACAGUCGCUUUUAGCUUAAAGUCAGUUCAGCUCUUGACUUGUUGUAAAAUGGUUGCAAAGCUUUUGUUUUCCCCUUUUUUUUUUUGAUAUUUUAUUCUAAACUCAACUUAAGUUUAAGUGCCAAGAAAUUAAAUUUUGCUGUGGAUUUUGA